AUGAAAAGGUUCAACAAAGCUUUCUUGGAAAUUCAGAAUCUACCAACUGAAGCUAUAAUUAUGGGCUUAGUCAACAGCCUUAGAGAAAGACCACUCUCCCAAUCAAUAUCCAAAAGAUAUCCAACCUCUCUGAAUGAGAUUCAGGAAAGGACAGAUAAGUAUAUCAACAUGGAAGAAAAUUUUCGACUAAGAGAGCCUCCCUCGAGGUCAAACCUACCCUAUCCACCUCGGGACAAAGAAAGAGAACCCAAUAAAAAAGAGGAGCCAAAUGUAGAGAAACCUAAAAAAUAUCACAACUAUAAUCCUCUCAAGGUCUCCCUAGUAGACAUUUACAGAGAGAUAUGUCACACAGAGAAGCUUUCACCAUCUCGUCCGAUUAAGCAUAAGAAAGCUGGAAGUCGGAAUGAAUAUUAUGAAUAUCAUAAGCUCUAUGUACACUCCACCAAUGAAUGCUACGACUUGAAAAAUGUCAUAGAAAAUUUGGUCAGAGAAGGCCGUCUUGCUAGAUACCUGGCGGACAGGUCGGACGACCCAAGGAAGAGAAGAAGGGAUGAAGAAGGAGGACAACCCGAACAUACUCCUCACACCCCGGAACGACACAUCCAUAUGAUUAAUGGCGGAUUCGUAGGAGGAAGAAUGUCAAAAUCCUCCCGAAAAAGACACCUCAAAGAAGUGUACCAAGUUGGGGAAAGUAGUCAAUUGACAGACCUGCCCACCAUCUCUUUCACUAAAGAAGAUGCACAAGGCCUGCUGUCCAGGCAUGAUGAUUCAGUGGUAAUAACACUAAUCCUGACCAACGCUAACCUUCAUCGCACCUUGAUAGAGCAAGGAAGCUCGGCUGACAUUCUGUUCAAACCCGCUUUUGACAACCUCAGAUUAGAAGAAAAUGACCUAAUGGCCUACCUUGAUAGCCUGUUCAGACUGGGAGACACCCCAAACCGAACUCUUUGUUAUAUCUCAUUAUAUGCCACCUUCAUAAAGGGUGCUAGGUUAAAUACCUUGAGCAUCGAUUACAUUGUAGUCGAUGUAAACUCCGCCUACAAUGCUCUAAUUGGUCGGACCACCUUAAAUAGACUGUCAGCUGUUGUCUCUACUCCUCACCUUUGCCUGAAAUUCCCUACUGUCAAAGGGAUUGCCACAAUAAAAGGGGAUCAAAAGCUAGCAAGGAAGUGCUAUAAUGAAAGCCUUAGUUUGAAAGGCAACUCGGGAGGCAAGGAAGUCAAUACCAUCGAAUUAGGGGGAGUCUGA